AUGUCGUUAGGGGUACUAGGGCCCCCCCCUCUACCCGAAGAACAAUCCGGGUAUUAUUCAACCGAACGAGUAAGAAGUUCGGGUUAUUUACUGCAACAAAGGCAGGAACAUUUGGAUUAUACUGCAGAAUGGGUAAACAGAGUCGAAUUGCCAGAGAGAGCCCAUUCUACUUGCCCAGUCAAGAUUACUGAGCCUAUUGUGGGAGAGACCCGGCAGAGGGUAACUCGAUCUGCCCCUGCACUUAGCAUCAGGUCAGGAGUGUCGAACAAGUCCACUAUUGUCAGAACUAAACUCGAACUGGAGUUGAAGCAUUUAAAGGAAAAACAGAGACUAGAUCAGGAACAGAGAGAGUUACACUUAGAAACGCAAAGACACGAAAUGGAACAACAGAAGAAGCUAGCUGAGCUGGAAGAAAGGCGCAGAUUGCAUGAAUUAGAGGUAAGAUUGGCAGAAGCACAAAUGCAAGAACAGCUAGAACAUGAUGAGGAUGAUCCAGAUUCAAGGUCAAAUCGAGGUGAUGAUUACCCAGAAAGAUUGGACCAGUCGGAGGAACAGGUUGAUCAUCCUAUAGCUGCUAGUGGUGUGAACAACAACAUUGAAACCUCUACGAGAGACACCACAGAUAUCCCAAGAGUCACAUUAGCUAAUCAAACAAGUUUGGAGACCCACAAUUCACCAUCAGCACAGUUACCAGAGACUACCCGAAAUGGCGAGAUUCCACCACAGCCGAGUCGAAUGCAACCAUUUCCAAACCACCCCCAGUGUAGUCCACCAUAUGCAAGAAGACCGCCACGGGACGGUGACCAGCAACCGUCAUCCCAUGAUCGCCUACCAUUGGAACCAAACCCACAAUCAGGGCAAUCACUUGGUUGUUAUCGUGAACAAUCACUCAAUAUACAAGGGCGGCAACCCCCCGUGUUUGUUCCCCGGUAUCUCAGUGGUCAACACAACCCACAACAUUUGGGGACCUAUAUCACCAAUAAUGUAUCAUUACCAGAACCCGAUACCACUGCCCAGCAGAUAUUUGAGCAUCAACAACAAGCCCUCAACUUGAUGGCAAGCACAAUUGGAACUACCAUAAGCAAGGGAUUCGAAAUGCCACGAAGAGAGUAUAUGACCUUUGAUGGCAACCCGUUGACCUAUCCCAGCUUCAUGGAGAAUUUCAAAACUAAUGUAGAAGACAUUGAGCCCAGCCCUAAUGCUAGACGUAACUUCCUGAUACAACUAUGCAGUGGAAAGGCGAAGGAAGCUAUAAGUGGAACAGUAAUGUUACCUGCAGAGGAAGGUUAUAUUAAAGCCAAGUCUAUCUUACAUGAGAUGUUUGGACAAACACACAUAGUCGCAGCAUCCCACAUCGAUAAAAUCACUGGAGGGGGACCAAUCAAAGAGAACGAGAACGAAAGAUUGAUGCAGCUUGCACGAGAUAUGGAGAAUUGCGAGAUGAACUUGAACAAACUCGGCUAUCAGGCUGAUAUCAACUCAAGAAGCAACAUGAGUGCUGUAGUCAUGCGUCUCCCAAGAUAUCUUCGUUCGGAGUGGGCCAAAGAGGCACAAAACUCAAGAGAUCGGAGUAAAGAACCAGACUUUGCGCAGCUGACGAGAUUUGUUGUUAAGAAGACAAAGCUGGCCAACACUGAAUAUGGUCGACUCAUAAGUGCAAGAUCCAACAACGAAAAGCAAUUUGGCAAGGGGCCUCGAGUGGGCAGGAAUGUGUCGACUUACCUAUCACACGGUUCAAACACGGAGAUAAAGGGACAUUCUGGGGAUCAUUCAAGGCAUGGGAACCCGACGGGCAGACCAAAAUGUUUAUUUUGCGACAGAGAUGGUCACACAAUCGAAAAGUGUUUUAAGUUUCAAGGAAAGCCCUAUGAAGAGCAAAAGAGCAUCGUAAACACGAAGAGACUGUGCAACCUUUGUCUCUGCAAGGGUCAUUUCGCCAGUAACUGCAAGAGGAGUCGUGGCUGUUUUGUUCCAGGAUGCGGAAAGCGCCAUCAUCCAAUGCUCCAUCCCGCAGAGACUGCCAAGGACGGAAAGAAAGACGUGCCAGAAAAUCAAAACGAAGAGAGAAAACCAGACUCACACGCAGCUCCAACCGGAAAUGUUCAGACUGGUCACUGUGGUGCCACCGGAACCAUCAAGAAUCGAGUGUGCUUACGAGUAAUUCCUGUAAAGGUGUUUGGGAAAGAUAGAAGUUGUGAGAAGAUAACUUAUGCAAUAAGAGACGAAGGUUCAAAUACCACCCUUGUGAAAGAGAGUCUAGUCGAAGAAUUGAACUCGAACGGACAGCCAAUAGAUUUCACGCUCACUACAAUGAAUAAUGUGUCACAAGAAUCGGGGAGAUCUCACUUCUUAUACGUUCAAGGUUUGGGUCAGAAAGACUGUCUCGAAAUCCCAAACGCUUUGUCGGUAAAGUCUUUGUCAGUCGCAAGAAGUUGUAUCCCAAACAAAGAAGACAUUGCUAAGUGGCGUCACUUCGAUGGAAUUUCUAUUCCCGAGUUGGAUAAUACGGAAGUGACUAUUCUGAUCGGUACGGAUGUUCCCGAAGCACAUUGGAAGUUGGAAGAGCGCCGAGGUCGCAAGAAGGAGCCGUAUGCCAUUAGAACGCCCCUUGGCUGGUCUGUCGCUGGUCCAAUGGAGAGUGCGUCUGCGAACGAAGUGAGUUCCUUCUUUAUUCGGAGUGAGGACGAUAUCUUGACGGAGAAGGUGAACAAGAUGUUCCAAAUGGACUUUAGUGAGACGACGUAUUGUCAAGAUUCGGAGAUGUCGCUGGAAGACAAAAGGGCUCUGGCCAUCAUGGAGCAGUCACUCAUUGUCGUGGACAGUCAUUACCUACUGGAUUUGCCAUUGCGUGAAAGACCGAAUUGUCCCUAA